UGAAUGCCUUUUUCUUCAAUAGAGUAUAAGGACCUCACAGGACUGCAAUAGCCCAUUUAAGUUCCAUAAAGUGGUCAUGAACUUGCCAUUGGAAUUUAUUUAUUUUUUUAAUUUGGCUCUAAGCCAGUGACAGGUUGAGCACCAUUUGCAUGGUACGCCUGAAACUCCGGACGCUGUCACGUGAGGAAUCUGUAUGCAACAAACGAAGAAACAAGGAUUUGAGAAUCACCUCACUUAAGUAUUAAGAAUGUUAGAAUAUAAUUGCAAAUCUAUCUGGAUGAAGUGGAAUUGAAGUAAACAUAUUCAGACUACAAGAAUUCAGCCGUUUGAAUACUUGGAUAAUUAAAAAUGAACACAAGGUGUGACAACAUCCGGUUUGAGUGACAAGACUUUGUAAUAUCUGCAACUGACAAUGAAGCAGGUUGGAUAAGACAUUAUAUUUUGGACUAUUCACAAGAUCCACUGCAUAGAAAAUAAAGAGGAUACACCUGCACAUUUCUGUGAGAAAUUUUGCACCCAUGAGGAAGACACACCAUGGACCUUCAUACUAUGGACAAGGUGGAUCAAAUUCUGUCAGAGUUUUUGUUGAGUAAAGAAGAGCUUGUGGAGGUGAUGAGGAGGAUGCGGAGGGAAAUGGAGAGAGGGCUGCGUGUGGAGACACAUGAUGAAGCCAGUGUCAAAAUGCUGCCCACUUAUGUUCGCUCCACACCUGAGGGUUCUGAGGUGGGUGAUUUUCUGGCACUGGAUCUUGGAGGAACAAACUUCCGGGUGAUGCUGGUGAAAGUGGGUGAGGAUGAAGUGCGGGGCUGGAAGGUGGAAACGAAACAUCAUAUGUACUCCAUCCAAGAGGACGCCAUGACUGGUACCGCUGAAAUGCUUUUUGACUACGUUGCCGGCUGCAUAUCUGAUUUCCUGGACAAGCACAAUCUCAAACAUAAAAAGCUUCCACUGGGUUUCACCUUCUCCUUUCCAGUCCGUCAUGAGGAUUUGGACAAGGGCAUUCUGCUCAACUGGACAAAAGGCUUCAAGGCUUCUGGUGCUGAGGGCAAUAAUGUUGUGGGUCUGCUGAGAGAUGCCAUUAAAAGGAGAGGGGAUUUUGAAAUGGAUGUGGUUGCUAUGGUCAACGAUACUGUAGCCACAAUGAUCUCAUGCUACUAUGAAGAUCGCAGCUGUGAAGUUGGCAUGAUAGUAGGUACCGGAUGUAACGCGUGCUAUAUGGAGGAGAUGCGGACAGUAGAGCUGGUGGAGGGGGAAGAGGGUCGGAUGUGUGUGAACACCGAAUGGGGAGCGUUUGGGGCAAAUGGUGAACUGGAAGAGUUUCGUCUGGAAUACGACCGUGUUGUGGAUGAAACGUCAAUAAAUCCUGGAAAACAGCUGUACGAGAAGCUGAUUGGUGGAAAGUAUAUGGGAGAGCUUGCGCGUCUCGUCCUGCUGAAACUAGUGAAUGAAGAUCUGCUGUUUAACGGUGAAGCCUCAGACCUGCUGAAAACACGCGGUGCCUUUGAAACUCGCUUUGUCUCUCAGAUUGAGAGUGACACAGGAGACAGAAAGCAGAUUUAUAACAUCUUAAGUUCAUUGGGAAUCUUACCAUCCGAGCUGGACUGCGACAUCGUACGUCUGGCAUGUGAGAGUGUGUCAACACGAGCGGCUCACAUGUGCGCUGCUGGACUCGCUGGCGUCAUCAACCUAAUGAGGGAACGACGUUGUCAAGAGGAACUCAAGAUCACUGUGGGAGUCGAUGGCUCUGUCUACAAACUACAUCCUUGUUUCAAGGAAAGGUUUCAUAAACUUGUGCGGGAAAUGACACCUCACUGCGAAAUUACCUUCAUCCAAUCAGAAGAAGGGAGUGGUCGGGGUGCGGCUCUCAUUUCCGCUGUUGCAUGCAAGAUGGCCGGAUGUAUGCUGACGCCAUGAUAAACUUGUCAUGGUUGAAUGUCAAUGUACCUAAACACUCAUUCCUGGAAAGCCCCUUAUUGUGGUGAAAAUGCGAUUUUCUUUGAACAUUGCAUUGCAUGUGCCAUAUGAAGGAGGUGGUUUCUGGGUUGUUUGGAAAACCACAUGUAUACAGCCCAUUUAAUAGUCCCUAAAAUAGGUCAUGUUUCAUUUCAAUAUUAUAAAAAGACAUAAAUUGGCAGUUUAAUGUGAAUUUGGUAAUUUAGUAAUGUGAACUUGUCUUGAGCACAUUUUAGAUAAUGUUUUAUUUUUAAAACAUUGCCUUAUUUGGACUUUUAAUGACCGUUCAAGAGAUAAGCUAAGGGGAAGUUGUAAAUACAUAUGACUGUAUGAAAUGUUUAUGGCUUAUUUUAUUUUUAAACUGUUUAUAUUCAGGGGCAAAUUUAACUACUAAAUUAUUGAAUGUUUUGUAAAAGUGGAAAUAAUAAAUUACUGUAAAUAAAGCUGCUGUACUGCUAAGUAAUAAUACAAGGAUUGUUUGAAUAAACAAUUAUUAGUUCCCUGAAACUACUAAAACUAUAUUUAAAUGCAUGUUAAAUGUGUGUAAAUAGUAAAAAAUAAAUUGUGAUUGAUUUA